AUGGUAGUUGCAUUAGAUGCAUGGGCAUCAUUUGCCGCAGCUGGAGCAUUAGCUCAUCUUCUCUAUCUAGCAUGCAUCGCGACCUAUCGUCUCCUUUUCCACCCCCUGGCCGGAUUCCCCGGUCCGAAGUAUGCCGCGCUCAGCCGAUGGCACGAAUGCUACUUUGACGUCUAUCAACAGGGAAAAUUUAUUUUCUGGAUUGAAAAGCAACACGAGAAAUACGGCCCUAUCAUACGCAUUACCCCCGAUGAAUUGCACAUCCUUGAUGCCGAUUUCUGGGAAACACUCUUCACCAAAGCCGGUCGAGUGGACAAAUACAGUUGGAUGGCAAGUCGAUUUGGCAAUGAGACAUCUGUCCUCACCACUGCCGGCCAUGACCUCCACCGCGUGCGUCGCAAUGCAUUAAAUCCAUAUUUCUCACGCCAGCGCAUCCUUGGUCUGCAGGCCACCAUUCAGCAGAAACUUUCCAUCUUCCUCGAGCAAAUUCGAGGAAGUGCCAAAACCGGUACAUCAAUAACAAUAAGUCACGGCUUUAUGGCGUUUAGUGAAGACGUUAUCAUGAAUUACUGCUUUGGGUAUGAUUACGACUCGUUGAGAAAGCCGGGCUGGAUACCUAUCUUGCAUGAUGCCUUCGCAGCCGUGACAUUGACGGGGAACAUGGCAUUGCAAUUUCCUCUGAUCCCUAAGAUUAUGAAUGUUUUACCACAAGCGUGGGUUGGGAAGUUAAACCCGUUGUAUGCCUUGAUGUUUCGGAUGCAGAAUGAUUUUGGACAAGAAAUUCGCGACAUGAAGGCUGCUCUUUCUACUGCAAACCAUGGCAAAGGUGCAAGCAACGAUAACACAACCGUCAUCACGGAACUGCUACAGAGUGGCCUUCCAAAUGAGCAAAAGGCUGAUCGCAGAAUUCAAGAUGAAGUUCAACUCAUUGUCGGUGCCGGCCUUUCUACCACUGGCUGGGCCCUGAGCGUGGGCACAUACUAUUUGAUCACCAAUCCCCAAGUUCUUGCUCGUCUCCGCAAAGAAUUAGACGAUGCGAUCCCUGCUUGCAUCAGCCUGCAAUGGGCUGAACUAGAAAAACUACCCUAUCUCACAGCCGUCAUUAAAGAAGCAGUUAGAUUAUCAUACUCCACGACAUCAAGGAAUGUGCGGUUACUACCGAACCCUGUUAAGUUUGGAGAAUGGGUUAUUCCGGCGCGGACACCCAUAUCAAUGAGCAUCCCUUUCUUGAACCAUGAUGAAAAAAUAUUCCCCCAGUCGAAAUCGUUCGUGCCUGAGAGGUGGCUAGAUGCUCCGAGGACUGAGAACGGGACAAGCCUUGACAGAUAUUUCCUCGGCUUUGGUAAGGGAACAAGGUCAUGUUUAGGUGUGAAUCUUGCCUGGUGUGAGCUGUACCUCGUCUUUGCAUCUGUGUUUCACUACUUCGAUUUUGAGUUAUAUGAGACAGACCUAACUGAUGUCGAGUUGUCGCAUGACUUCUUUCUACCAUUCCCAAAACUCGACUCAAAAGGAGUGAGGGUACGUGUCAAAGAAAGAGAUAUUUUCUCCGUGUAG